AUGGUGGUGUGCUGGGGCGGCCAGCAGCUUGAACAGCUGUCAUUUGACCAGGGCUGGCAGCUGCUGGAGCGGCGGCAGCUGCUGCCGGGCCUGUCAGGCCCCGUUUGCGGCCUGGCAUUUGCCGGCAGCAAUGCAUUGCUGGUGGCUACUGAGCGCUCCAUGGGAGAGUGGCUGAGGGAGGCAGGUGGCCAGCAGGCACAGCAGGAGAGGCAGGCAGCAGAGGAGGCUGGGAGCGCAGCCAUCAUGCAAAGGGGCCUGGAUGCGGCGGCGGCCAAGUCAGCACCGCUGCUGCUGCCAGCCUCCAGGGAAAUCCUGCACCCAGCAGCAGCGGCAGACACAGCAAUGCCCGGGGCCCCUGCUGCGGCUGCGACCACCGGUUCUGCUGGAGAUUGCUUGGUGGACCUCAGCGGCAGCGGUGGCAAGCUGUUGUCACCAUCAUUUGGCGGGCCUGCGAUCCCAGCAAUGUUCAUGCUGGGUCCUGAGCAAGGCCUUGCAGCAUCGCCGCCGUCUGCUCAGGUCGCCAAGCUGGCAGCCAGCAGCGGAAGCGCUGCGAGGCAGCCUGUGGGAGCAGGCCACCUCACCCUGCUGAGGCUAAGCGAUGCCAGCGGCAGCCAGCCGGUGGCUAAGUCCAGCAGUGUGCCGCUGGGGCUGCCCCCUGACUUCAUGCAAGCAGCCGACAAGCUGGCUGUGCUUGCUUGCAGCAAGGGUCCGCCAGCGCUGGUCGUGUGCCAGCUGCGCCGGGACGGAGGCCUGGCGCAGCACGAGCCGCUGCUGUUGCCGCUGCCAGACGGCGUGCCAGAGGAAUGCAGCGUCAGGAUUAGGAGCCUGGCACUCGUGCCCGGCGAUCCAGCAGCUGCCACCUCGACGGGCGCCUGCAGCAGAGAGCUGGUCUGGGUGCUGCUGGAUGCGGCGCCCAAGCCGGCUCCCGCGCCCUUUUGCAGCGCGGCGCUGGCCGGCAACGGCAGCAGCGGGCCUGCACAGCUCUGGCUGUGCUGCUACCGGUUAGAUGGAGGAGCGGGGCUGCUGGAGGCUGUGCUGGCGCUGCAAGCGGGGCUACUGACGCUGCGGCGGGAGGUGAAUGAGCGGCUGGACAGCAUGGACGCGCAGCUGGGGCAGCUGCUGGAGCGGCUGCAGGCGCGAGCCCAACACGAGGCUGAGAUGGGAUGA